CCGUUUCAGCCAGGUGUUUUGGGGUAUAUAAAGGGGAACCAUCACUCCAUGGGCACGCCAGAAACCCUCAGUAGCCUUUUUGGAAAGGAGUUCUGAGACCAAGCGAAGGCAUCAUGAACAAACUGGGUUUUAUCUGUUUGUUAGCUGUUGGGGUGAGUGCCGUUCCAGCACCCCAGUUCCGUGGAUUAAUCGGACAAUCGGGAAUCGUCAGACCCGAUGGCAACAACGUCCAGUUCACUCACGCUCAAGCUGACAACUUCCUUCUUGUUGGACCCUCUGGAAUCGUGACCAAGGACGGCAGGAACAUCCAGCUCACCGACGACCUCCAGUUUGUCCACAGGGCUAAACGCAGUGCAGGUUUCGUCAGUGCCAAGGGCAACAUCGGACAUUCUGGAAUUCUGAGAGCUGAUGGAACCACCGACCUCUUCAGUCACGACCAAGCUCACAACAUCCUGUUGAUUGGACCAUCAGGAAUCGUCACCAAGGAUGGCAGGAACAUGCAGUUGACUGACGACCUGAGAAUCGCUCACAGGUCAAAGAGACACUUGAUUGGUGAAUCUGGAAUGAUCACUUCUGACGGCAUCCCCAUCCAGUUCUCAAGGCCCGGAGUUACCAUUCUCCUGGAAGGUCCCUCUGCUUACAUUAUGUCUGACGGUACCUUGGUGCAGAAGCGUGCCAAGAGAUCCGCUGUGACCUAUGGCAACGUCGUUGGACAUUCUGGCCUCAUCACUAACACAGGGCGGCAGAUCCAGCUGCCUCCUGGUGUCUCAGUAGUCAGCGCUGGUCCUUCAGGAGCCGUUCUCUCCAAUGGAGAAAACAUCCAGUUCUAAGGGAGAAGCCAUCUAUAGUUUUCAACGAAUGAACUCACUUGGUGAUAUCAAGAGAUUCAAGAUUUUAUUUUUUUUUUCGAGAUUUAUGGAAAGAAUUUAUUUACAAUAAAAACAUUCUAUAACAACAA